AUGUCCACCGAAAAGAAGGUCAAAAAAGCAGGAAAGAAGUGGAAAGAGAUCCUUGAGGAACCUCCCAAAGUUUCGGCAACUGAAUUAAUGAGAGAUCAUGAUUAUAUGGGAACUUUGGCCAAACAAGGAGGAUCUAUCAAAACAUGGCAUGAUCGACUAUGUAUUCUUCAUCAAGGAAAACUCUAUUAUUACGUCUCACAAAAAGACACCAAACCCAAAGGAAUGAUUAACAUUCAAGGUCUCAUUUGUGAAGGCGUCGAACUCGCCAAGAAAAAAUAUGGAAUUAAAAUUAUUUCACCACAUCGAACCUAUUAUUUAGCAUGUGAAGACAACAAUGAACAAGAACGUUGGAUUAAGGAAAUUAAUAAUUCAUCGAUGAGAAAUUCCGAUUAUCGAUUACAUGUGGUCGAUCCUGACCUUUCUGAAGAUUGUACCUUCCAUGAUUUACAAAAAGCUAUCGAUCAAGCUCAAGAUGGAGAUCACAUUGUGCUGCGAAGUGGAAUUUACAAACUCAAUGAAACGUUGGUGAUUAAAAAACCAUUGACGAUUCGAGGAGUGUAUCCAGAUAUGGAUCUCGUUCACCUUUGCUCGUGUGAAGGAGUUAAAACAAUCAUCAAGGUGGAUGCUUUUAAUGAUAAUUUAACAGUUCAGGAAUUGGAGAAACAGAGAUUAUUGGGAAUUGAUAAAAAUGUGGUCACCAUAGAACACUUGACAUUGACACAAAAUGCUUCAAAGGAUACUAUAUUGUUUUAUGAAAAUACAAGUUGUUUGGAGGUCAUGUCUGGAAUUUGUAAAUUGGAUCAUGUGAUGAUACGAGGUGGAUAUGGACAUGGAAUUAUUGUAAAUAAUCGAUUGAAUCGGAAACAAAAAUCCAAUAAUGGUACAGCUAUGACUGCUGUGAAGGCAACAAAUUCAGAAUCAAAAGAAUCAUUCUCUUUCUCCUUGUCAUUGACAACAAAUGGCGAUGGAAAUCAUUCACAUCAUGAUCAAGCUCAAUCUCCAGAUAUUCGUUCAAUUUCGUCGUCAUUAUCCUCUUCGUCAUUACCUUCAGACAUGCCAGUGAAAAAACCUCCAAUAGAACCCACAAAGCUCAUUGUUUCUGAAUGUCACAUUGAGUGUAACAAAAUUCAUGGAAUCAAAUUUUGUGACGAUUCUCAAGGAGAAAUUAGCAAGUCUAUUUUUCAAAAGAAUGAAGGACAUGCCAUCAUUUGUACAGAUGAUUCGGACGUGAAAAUUGAGAGAAGUGUUUUCAGUAACCACUCCAAGAAUGCCAUUUAUUUGCGAUCCACAAAAACAAUCACAGUAUUUAAAAACAAAAUGCAUGCGAAUGGACUCGGAGGAAAAGCUCACAUUGCAGUCGCUGCUGAUGCUGCACCCUGUGCUUCUGAAGAGAAUGAAUUUUUGUAG